GCCUCCCUUUAAAGAGGGGCAGCAGGAUGGAAAGCAGACACAGCCAGGACCAUGGUGCUGUCAACUGUCCUGUUUCUCGGUGUCCUCAUUGGCCUCUUGCUACUCUGGGGUCACCCAACCUCCCGGGGAUGCCUCCCUCCAGGACCUUGGCCUCUGCCCUUCCUGGGGAACAUUUUGCAAAUAGACCACCAGGGCUUUCUCAAGACCUUCCAGUUGCUGCAGAAGAAAUACGGGGAAGUCUUCACAGUCUACCUGGGACCCCGGCCUGUUGUCAUCCUGUGUGGGUACAAGGCAGUGAAAGAGGCUCUGGUGGAUCAAGCUGAGGCUUUCUCUGGCCGAGGACACAUCGCCAUCAUUGAUCCCUUCUUCAAGGGGAGAGGUGUGGUCUUUGCCCAUGGAAAGUCUUGGAAGGUCCUUCGGCAGUUCUCUCAGCUCACCAUGAGAGAGUUCGGGAUGGGGAAGCAGAGCAUUGAGAAGCAAAUCCAGGAGGAGGCUCAGCGUCUGGUAGAGGAGCUCCAGAAAUCCCAGGGGGCCUAUCUGGAUCCCACCUUCUUCUUUCACUCCGCCAUGGCUAACAUCAUCUGUACUAUCAUCUUUGGCCAGCGCUUCAAUAACCAGGACCCUGGAUUCCUACGGUUGCUACAUUUAAUGAAUGAUAUCUCCGAUCUUUCCAGCUCUUUCUAUAGCCAGAUGUUUGAAGUCUUCUCCGGCAUCCUGAAAUACUUUCCGGGCAUCCACAGGGAGGUGUACAGCAAAGUCCAAGAAAUUGAAGAUUUUGUCAUUAAGAACAUCCAGAGGCACCAGGAAAUGCUGGACCCCAGCGCCCCAAAGGACUUCAUCGAUUCCUUCCUGGUCUGCAUGGAUAAGGAGAGCUCUGAUCCUGAGAGCGAGUUUCACUUUAAGAACCUUGUCUACACAGUUGUCUCGCUGCUUCUCGCCGGCACAGAGAGCUCCAGCAACACUCUCUUGCAUGGAUUUGUACUCCUUCUUAAGAACCCUGAUGUUGUAGAGAAAGUCCAGGAGGAGAUUGACAGAGUGAUUGGCUCACACCAUCUCCCAGCCCUUGAAGAUCGGGCGAAAAUGCCUUACACAAACGCCGUCAUCCAUGAAAUUCAGAGAUUCAGUGACAUCCUCCCCCUUGGUGUUCCGCGCUGUGUCAUCAAGGACACUCACUUCCGGGGAUAUCAUCUCCCUAAGGGCACCACUGUGUAUCCCUUCUUGAGCUCUGUCCUCCAUGACCCAUGCCACUUUGAGAAGCCAGAAACGUUCCACCCUGGCCACUUCCUGGAUGCGGAGGGCAACUUCAGGAUGCAGGAGACCUUUAUCCCAUUCUCCCUAGGAAGACGCUUCUGCCUGGGUGAGAGCCUGGCCCGCUCGGAGCUCUUCCUGUUCUUGACCUCUGUGCUACAAAACUUCACCUUGAGAUCUCCCAAGGCCCUGGAAGAUAUUGAUAUCACUCCCAGGAGGAAUGGGCUGGGAAAAAUGCCCCCUGAGUUCCAGCUCUGCUUCCUGCCCCGCCAGGGAGUGGCACCAAGGUUGUAGAUCCCCUUGGAGCUCUUCCAUUUAGCCCCCACCUCUGCCCACAGGCAGUCUGUGGAGGCCUCCUGACUCCUCCCUGCUCACUCUCCCCUGGGGAAAAUCCCUUUUGUAAUCUCCUCUGUCAGCAUACCGUCUUCACUCUUCAUCCCUAGAUGGCCUGCCCUGUUGAUGGAGGGUAAAACCUUGGCCUUCAGGGCCAUGAAAUUCCUUCAGUAACUUGGUGUUAUCACCAUCCAUUGUGCAGUUGGGGAAACGGAGGCCCACACCUAUACCCAACCACCCCCAACCCUCCUGUUCUUUCUUGGAGUUGAAAAAGCCACUGUGGCCCUCAGCCUCUGGGCUGUGUACUUUAAAACACCUCCCCUAUUUCUCUGCUCUUAUCCACGAAAACCAACGAGAUCAAAAUAAAGUUCUACUCUUUCUGGACCCAACGGCUAUCUUGCUACCAUGCCUUUUUUUUUUUUCCUUUUCUUUUCUUCCUUUUUUUUUGGGGGGGGGCUAAAAUUCACAUAACAAAAUUAAACACUCACCAUCUUAAAGUAUACAAUUCAACGGCAUUUUGUACAAUCACAGUAUCAUGUAAUCAUUGUCUCUGUCCAGCAUCCAAUCAUGUUCAUCGCCCCAAAAGGAAACACUGUUCUUUUGAGGGCUGAAUAAUAUUCUGCUGGAUGGAAAUACCACGUUUGGUUUAUCCCCCCAUCAGGUGAUUGGCACGUGGCUUGUUGACACCUUUUGGCUCUUGUGAACAGUGCCGCUGUGGACAUCUGUGUGCAGGGUGGCCUUACGUUUGUUUUACUCUCCACUGGGAAUGGAAGGCAGGUGUUCUUCAGUUUCUGCCUUCGGACCUGAGGCUCUGGAAGGAUGGGGCCCGAACUCCCCUCCCAGAUGCUCCUCCGAAGUGGUAUUGAAGAUUCCAUGAGACAGUAUGGCCAGAGUGGCUAGAACAUGGCUUGGCACC